AUGGUUCACUCUCUUCUCACCCAUGCCGUGUUGCAAAUAUUAUCGAUGACACGCCCCACAGUUUAUCGCAACAUACAUGAUCUUCCGUCCUGGGUCCCCGAUCUCUCGCAGUCGCCGAGACUUCACGGGCUUUGGCAGAUCGAGUUGGAACAGGUAAGGAUAGGAUGGUGUGCGGCUGGGAAUUCGCGUUGGAAGAUGCCACCACCAGCCACGCUUUACGGGCGCUACUUGGUGGUACAAGUUAUCUUUGUGGAUAUGGUGAGCAAAGUUCAGCAUCCGAAAUAUCGUCAUGAUAACGAACACCACUCGCGUUCGGAUUACACAGAGAUUGCAGAGUUUUUUCUCGAACCCGCACCGCCGUAUGUGGAUUUGAACGCUGGUCGGGAUUUAUACGAAGUUGUUUGGCGAACGACUAUAGCCAAUUUUACGGAUGGUGUAUCACCAGAUGUUUACGAACACGCGCUUCAUUUUGAAAGGGGAUGCUUGCAAGAAUUGAUAAAAACCAGGAAGGAGUAUUUAGCCGGCGAGAUUGAUGCAGCUGAAUUCACGAGCAUGAUAAGUAUCGUGGAAGAGAUGAAAGAUACAGGCUGGCUGCGUGGCGAUUGGGGGUUCAUACCUAAUCCUACUCGCGACGGAGAAGAAGAGACGUCACAUCUCGAAAGUCGCGCAUGCCGCCUCAUAGGUAGUGGCGAGGACGGCCCGUCGGGAGUGCUGUCGUCAAACAGCGAGGGUGUGGAAUUCAACGAUAGGGCAGGGCGUACUCUCACGCAUCGCCAGCUGUUCUUCACUGCGCUGGGCUGUGUGGGGUUGGGGGCCUUGAUGUGA